AAAGACACGUUUCCGGUAGAAAACAAUCAAUCAAGCUUCCUUCGUUUCUCACCCCUCUCCACACAUCUUUGUAUAAAGCCCCUUUCUCUCCUCUCUCUCUCCCCUAAAAACUCAAAAUUUUAUUAUUCCUCCAUUCCACCGUGUUUCCCUCACUCCACUCAUCCCAAUCGCUCCGAUUCCGAUCAAUUUACCUGCCGGAAUUGACAAUGUCAUCUCCGAUACGCUCCUAAUCACAUCUCAGCAACCAGUUGUGAUGGCGAAUAAGAAAGGAUUGCACAGGAACAAAGGUGGUGGUGGUGGUUCCGGAUCUAGGUUUCCGAUUGCGGUUGUUAUUUUCGUGUCGAUUUUAGCGCCUUUGCUGUUCUUCGUUGGCCGGGGAAUUUAUGCUACUACAGCUACCACUUCAUUUGAUGAGCAAGAUGUUGAAGACAGUUCAAUGAAGCAGGAUUUGGAUUGGAGAGAAAAGUUGGCACUGCAAAAUGUAAAAUCGCUCUUCUCAAGGGAGGUUAUUGAUGUGAUCAAAGCCAACACAAAUGAUUUAGGCCCAUUCAGUCUUGAUUCUUUUAGAAAAAGCAAUCUGUCGGCUUCGUGGAAGUUUAUUAGGCAAGAGAUUCCGGUUGACCAAACUGCUUCCUUGAAUGAGGCCGAAGCUGCGAAAAUUGUACGGGAAACUCCUAAAGGCAAAGAUGCUGGUCAUGUUCAAUUUGUUGAUACACCUGCUAAAUUAGCUAGAAGGCAAUUAAGAGAAAAGAAACGAGAAAAGCGUGCCGCUGAUCUGGUAAAACAAGAUGAUGAAAUAACUGUGAAGCUUGAAAAUGAUGCUUUUGAACGUUCCAGAUCAGUUGACUCAGCAGUCCUGGGUAAGUAUAAUCUAUGGAGAAAAGAGAAUGAGGAUGGCAAUUCUGAUUCGACUGUAAGAUUGAUUCGUGAUCAAAUAAUUAUGGCAAGGGUGUAUGUAAGCAUUGCGACAAUGAAGAACCAAACUGAUUUGGCCCGUGAAUUACAGAAUCGACUGAAAGAGAGUCAGCAUGCUCUACGAGAUGCAUCUUCUGAUUCUGAUCUGGGUCCUAGUGCUCCUGAGAGAAUAAAAUCCAUGGGCCAAGUUCUGUCAAAAGCUAAAGAUAAAUUGUAUGAUUGUAAGCUUGUUACUGGGAAGCUGAGAGCAAUGCUUCAAACUGCUGAUGAGCAAGUUCGGAGCCUAAAAAAGCAGAGCACAUUCUUGAGUCAGUUGGCAGCAAAAACGAUUCCAAAUGGUAUCCAUUGUCUGUCCAUGCGCCUAACUAUAGAAUACUACCUCCUUUCUCCGGAAAAGAGAGAAUUCCCCAGAAGUGAAAAUCUGGAGAACCCAAAACUUUAUCAUUAUGCCCUUUUUUCUGACAAUGUAUUGGCUGCUUCUGUUGUUGUCAACUCGGCUAUCCUCAAUGCUAAGGAACCAGAGAAACAUGUAUUUCACCUUGUUUCUGAUAAGUUGAACUUUGCAGCUAUUAGUAUGUGGUUUCUUUUAAAUCCUCCGGGAAAAGCUACCAUCCAUGUUGAAAAUGUAGAUGAAUUUAAGUGGCUCAACUCAUCAUACUGUCCAGUCCUGCGACAAUUAGAGUCUGCUGCCAUGAAAGCAUAUUAUUUUAAGUCGGAUCAUCCCACCACUGCUGGUUCAUCUAACCUCAAGUACAGGAACCCAAAAUAUUUGUCCAUGCUGAAUCACCUUAGGUUUUAUCUUCCUCAAGUUUAUCCUAAGUUGGACAAGAUACUUUUCCUUGAUGAUGACAUUGUUGUUCAGAAGGAUUUGACUGGAUUGUGGUCAGUCGAUCUUAAUGGUAAUGUUAAUGGUGCUGUUGAAACUUGUGGCGAGAGCUUUCAUCGUUUUGACAAGUAUCUGAAUUUUUCAAAUCCCCAUAUUGCAAGAAAUUUUGAUCCUAAUGCAUGUGGUUGGGCAUAUGGUAUGAACAUCUUUGAUCUCAAGGAAUGGAAAAAGAAGGAUAUAACUGGCAUAUAUCACAAGUGGCAGACCAUGAAUGAAGAUAGGGUUCUGUGGAAGCUUGGGACAUUACCUCCUGGACUGAUGACGUUUUAUCGGCUUACUCAUCCACUUGAUAAGUCAUGGCAUGUGCUUGGCCUGGGUUAUAGUCCGACUGUAGACAAGACAGAGAUCGAGAAUGCCGCUGUUAUUCAUUACAAUGGUAAUAUGAAACCAUGGUUGGAAUUAGCUAUGACGAAGUAUCGACCUUACUGGACUAAGUAUAUCAAAGUUGACCAUCCAUUUAUCCGCAGUUGCAAGUUAAGUGAAUAAACGUCUGACAAAAAAUAAUCUGCAAUCUGUGGUUUACUCAAGUUCUUUUUAACGAAGGAGACCUUUUGACUGCCCUCCUGUCUGCCUUGUUCCGACAUUGUUUAUCCCUGAUCCAAAUUUAUUCAUUUGUGACCUCUUAUAAAUGUAUUUGAUAUAGUCGCUUGUUACCAUUAAUUCACAAGACUUUCCUCCAGAGUUAUCUGGAGAUGUUUUAGAUACUAAGCAUGCGAAAAUAUAGAUUCCAAGUUUGUGUCAAUAUGAUGUAAUUAAUUGCCAGUUAAUUUUCUCACUCAUUUGGUAGUGUCAGAACUCUUCACAGAUUUCCUUUUAUAUUAUUAUCAAAUUAAGCUGCUGA